UACAUUGUCCAUUCACCACGGAAACAAUGUAUCAGUAAGCCGAACAAACGCGUUUGCUCUCACAACUGUGAAUGAUAGCUAAGAACAAUGGUGUUCUUGAAAUCCUCCGGUGAUAUUUUGCCGCAACAUUCGUCCGGAAUUUGCAAUUAUAAGUUAUUUGGUGCUAUCUUGAAGAUAAUUGACGCGACAAAUGGAGUUGCGUUGAAUCGACGGAGAAGAAAACUACUUCUUACACUUUAGGUUAUGCUUCUUCUUUCUGGAUACUAUAAUAUCUUUGACAGUAAUACUUACAAUGUUAUGAAGAAAAUCUACUCGGCAAGUCACAAUAUUGAAUUAUUUCUUGAAAUUUUAAAUUUGAAAUCUCGUUCUUGCACUAGGUUAUCAAAUUGAGAUAUCGUAGGUGCUGUUUCUCUCUAUUUGUAUGCAUGCCAUAUAUAUAUUCAACUUUAUGUUCACAAAUCAAGAAAACCCCAAAUUCUGAAGAAAAUCUACUCAGCAAGUCACAAUAUCGAUCCUCGUUUUUUUUAGAUGACUAGAUAAAGCCCCAUGACCCAACUGAUAACCCUUUCUGGAUAUCUGAAAAAGUAAUUGGAGCUCACGUUAUUUGAUUAGUGUGACUGUAUUGUAUUUGUUAUCUAUUUCUCAUGAUCUUGAUAUUUUUUUGGGAUAAUGAUCAAAGUACCCCUCAACCUAUGCCCGAAAUCUCAGAGACACACUUAUACUAUACUAAGGUCCUAUUACUUCCCUGAACUUAUUUUAUUAAUAAUUUUCUACUCCUUUUCGGCUUACAUAGCUGUAUCUUAUGGGGUCAACGCUGGUUGACUUUUUUUUUCAACCUAGUGUCACGUAAGCCGAAAAGGGUAAGAAAUUACUUAUAAAAUAAGUUCAGGGGAUAAUAGAACCUUAGUAUAGUAUAAGUGUGUCUCUGGGAUUUCGGGCAUAGGUUGAGGGGUACUUGUGCAUUUUCCCUAUUUUUUUAGCUUAUUAACAUUAUUAUGGCAUAACACAUGUGUUUGCUGAUCCUACUAGGCACUAGCUACUUAACAAAGGAAGAUGACGUUAUCACAUUGGAGGAUUGCACAUUCCUUUGGCUCUCCUUGCGGAAGAUGCUCAAUAACAACUUGGGCAGAUAUUUGCACAAUCCUUCAAUUAGUCCUUCUGAAGAUGCUUAAGAAUAAAUUGGUAAUGAUGAAGAAGAACCGUGAGUGACAAUACACUUGAAGCGCUGCUGGGAGAUUGCCCAUAUUUACAGGAAUUUUAUAUGGACUAUGAUCGAUCAACUUGGGUGUUGGGCGCCAGUUUUUUCUGCAAACAACAAAGUAAAUAUAGUCUUUUUAAUUCUAAUUAAUAAUAUUUACCACUCACGUUAGAAAUCCUUAGCUUAACCAUGUCAUAGAUUCGUCCCAUGAUUAUAGCUGUCGUAGCACUAUUUUGUACAGUUCAAUGCUUUAUCAUACUGUCUAUAGCAUUUUGCCAUUGCUUCUUCAUUUUCAGUAUUUCCUUUUUUUAUAUGCUUUAGACUGUUUUUUCUUGAGUUGAGGGUCUAAUGGAAACAACCUCUCUACCCUCAAGGUAGGUAGGGGGGUAAGGUUUGCGUACGCCUAUCUCUACCCUUCCAGAACCCACUUUGUUUACAUUGGAUAUGUUGUUGUUGUUGAAAUGUACGAUUAUAUUUGUAAGGUACUCCCGAAGUCAAACAUCUAGAGCACGACAAAUAAACAUUUAUUGUUCAGACAUUUUCGUCAAGAAAUCCAGUCAAUGGUAAAAUCAAAGUCAUUUCUUUAUUAAUGAUGAACACAUUUUAGAACUAGUCCUAAUAAAUAUGGAAGUAGCGACAACUUCAAAAUUAAUGCCUAGUAACUCUCUCGGGGGUGGGGGCAAGAAGGAAAAGGGAGUUACAACAUGGUGCUCCUGCUAUUUAAAGGCCCUUCUCCCCUGAUAUGAUCCAAUAUAGAGAAGACAUGGAUUUCGAUAGUUCGUUAAUGGAACUCCCAAAAUCCUCAUCAGCACUACCUUCAGAAUUACAAAGACCGAUUUGUAUGCAUAGCUCUAUGCCAAGUAUGCAUAGCUCUAUGCCAAGUAACAACAAAAUUCAGCAGGAUGAAGAUGAAAGAGACCCAAAGUUUAUGCAAUUGCUAAAAGAAAAUCUCUCCUGUUUCUGGAAUCAACAAAAGGAAGAAAUUCUACGUGCAGAUCCAAAGAGAAAACCUGAGAUGCCCCUUUCAAGGAUCAGACGGGCUAUGAAGUCAAAUGAUCAAGUAAAGAUGGUUAGCGCAACUUCUACGGUUCUGUUAUCGAAGGCAAUUGAGAUGCUUAUUAUGGACCUCACCUUACGUGCGUGGAUGCAAGCUGAUAAAGGCAAAUGUCGAACUCUGAAGCGUUAUGACUUUGCUAGGGCGAUAAGGGAUGAAGAGCUUUUCGAUUUCCUCUCUGACAUCGUUCCACUCCAGACCUAUAAGGUGCAAAAGGACGCAAAUGAUGGCCAAGGAAAUGAAUCUCACCCAGCUUAUCAAGUGCUUGAACCUAGUAACAUUCCACUAAAGUACCAAUUUCAGGUGGAAGAGGACUUGAAUGGUAGCCAAGGAAAUGAAUUUCACCCGGUUUGUCAAAUGGUUCAGCCUAAUAACAUUCCAGCUUCUUUUAUCAGUAACCAAGGAAUUCCAGUGCCUCUGGUUGAUUUAUUUCCUGAAUUUGAGUUCAAUAGUCAUGAUUUUUUAAUGGAAGAGGCAAAUGAUGUGCAAGGAAAUAAAUUUCACCUUGCUAAUCAAAUGGUUCAGCUUCACAACAUUCCAGUGCAAGGAGAAGAAAAUGAUGGCCAAGGCAAUGAAUUUGAGCCAGCUUCUAAUGUUCAGCCUGAUAAUAUUCCGCUGCAGCAGCUGUACCAAUUUCAGGUGCGACGGAAAGAAAAUGAUGGCCAAGGCAAUGAAUUUAACCAAGCUUCUAAUGUUCAGCCUGAUAACAUUCCGCUGCAGCAGCUGUACCAAUUUAGGGUGCGACGGAAAGAAAAUGAUGGCCAAGGCAAUGAAUUUAACCAAGCUUCUAAUGUUCAGCCUGAUAACAUUCCGCUGCAGCAGCUGUACCAAUUUCAGGUGCGAGGGGGACAAAAUGAUUACCAAGGCAAUGAAUUUGAGCCACCUAAUGUUCAGCCUAUUAACAUUCCGCUGCAGCAGUUGUACCAAUUUCAGGUGCGAGGGGAAGAAAAUAAUGGCCAAAGCAAUGAAUUUGACCCAGCUUCUAAUGUUCAGCCUAAUAACAAUCCACUGCAGCAGCUGUAUCAAUUUCCGGCGCGAGGGGAAGAAAAUGAUGGCCAAGAAAAUAAAUUUGAGCCAGCUUCUAAUGUUCAGCCUAAUAACAUUCCGCUGUACCAAUUUCAGGUGCGAGGGGAAGAAAAUGAUGGCCAAGGCAAUGAAUUUAACCAAGCUUCUAAUGUUUUUAACACUUCGCUGCAGUUGCUGUACCAAUUUCAGGUGCGAGGGGAAGAAAAUGAUGGCCAAGGCAAUAAAUUUAACCAAGCUUUUAAUAUUCAGCCUGAUAACAUUCCGCUGCAGCAGCUGUACCAAUUUCAGGUGCGAGGGGGAGAAAAUGAUUACCAAAGCAAUGAAUUUGAGCCACCUUCUAAUGUUCAGCCUAAUAACAUUCCGUUGCAGCAGUUGUACCAAUUUCAGGUGCGAGGGGAAGAAAAUGAUGGCCAAGGCAAUGAAUUUGACCCAGCUUCUAAUGUUCAGCCUAAUAACAUUCCGCAGCUGUACCAAUUUCAGGUGCGAGGGGGAGAAAAUGAUUACCAAGGCAAUGAAUUUGAGCCACCUUCUAAUGUUCAGCCUAUUAACAUUCCGCUGCAACAAUUGUACCAAUUUCUGGUGCGAGGGGAAGAAAAUGAUGGCCAAGGCAAUGAAUUUGACCCAGCUUCUAAUGUUCAGCCUAAUAACAUUACGCUGUACCAAUUUCAGGUGCGAGGGGGAGAAAAUGAUUACCAAGGCAAUGAAUUUGAGCCACCUUCUAAUGUUCAGCCUAUUAACAUUCCGUCAAUGUACCAAUUUCUGGUGCGAGGGGAAGAAAAUGAUGGCCAAGGCAAAGAAUUUAACCAAGCUUCUAAUGUUUUUGACAUUCCGCUGCAGUUGCUGUACCAAUUUCAGGUGCGAGGGGAAGAAAAUGAUGGCCAAGGCAAUGAAUUUAACCAAGCUUUUAAUGUUCAGCCUGAUAACAUUCCGCUGCAGCAGCUGUACCAAUUUCAGGUGCGAGGGGGAGAAAAUGAUUACCAAGGCAAUGAAUUUGAGCCACCUUCUAAUGUUCAGCCUAUUAACAUUCCGCUGUACCAAUUUCAGGUGCAAGGGGAAGAAAAUAAUGGCCAAGGCAAUGAAUUUGAGCCAGCUUCUAAUGUUCAGCCUGAUAACAUUCCGCUGCAGCAGCCGUACCAAUUUCAGGUGCGACGGAAAGAAAAUGAUGGCCAAGGCAAUGAAUUUAACCAAGCUUCUAAUGUUCAGCCUGAUAACAUUCCGCUGUACCAAUUUCAGGUGCGAGGGGGAGAAAAUGAUUACCAAGGCAAUGAAUUUGAGCCACCUUCUAAUGUUCAGCCUAUUAACAUUCCGCUGCAUCAGUUGUACCAAUUUCAGGUGCGAGGGGAAGAAAAUGAUGGCCAAGGCAAUGAAUUUGACCCAGCUUCUAAUGUUCAGCCUAAUAACAAUCCGGUGCAGCAGCUGUAUCAAUUUCAGGUGCGAGGGGAAGAAAAUGAUGGCCAAGACAAUGAAUUUGAGCCAGCUUCUAAUGUUCGGCCUAAUAACAUUCCGCUGCAGUUGAUGUACCAAUUUCAGGUGCGAGGGGAAGAAAAUGAUGGCCAAGGCAAUGAAUUUAACCAAGCUUUUAAUGUUCAGCCUGAUAACAUUCCGCUGCAGCAGUUGUACCAAUUUCAGGUGCGAGGGGGAGAAAAUGAUUACCAAGGCAAUGAAUUUGAGCCACCUUCUAAUGUUCAGCCUAAUAACAUUCCGCAGCUGUAUCAAUUUCAGGUGCGAGGGGAAGAAAAUGAUGGCCAAGACAAUGAAUUUGAGCCAGCUUCUAAUGUUCAGCCUAAUAACAUUCUGCUGUACCAAUUUCAGGUGCGAGGGAAAGAAAAUGAUGGCCAAGGCAAUGAAUUUAACCAAGCUUCUAAUGUUUUUGACAUUCCGCUGCAGUUGCUGUACCAAUUUCAGGUGCGAGGGGAAGAAAAUGAUGACCAAGGCAAUGAAUUUAACCAAGCUUUUAAUGUUCAGCCUGAUAACAUUCCGGUGCGAGGGGAAGAAAAUGAUGGCCAAGGCAAUGAAUUUAACCAAGCUUCUAAUGUUUUUGACAUUCCGCUGCAGUUGCUGUACCAAUUUCAGGUGCGAGGGGAAGAAAAUGAUGACCAAGGCAAUGAAUUUAACCAAGCUUUUAAUGUUCAGCCUGAUAACAUUCCGGUGCGAGGGGAAGAAAAUGAUGGCCAAGGCAAUGAAUUUAACCAAGCUUCUAAUGUUUUUGACAUUCCGCUGCAGUUGCUGUACCAAUUUCAGGUGCGAGGGGAAGAAAAUGAUGACCAAGGCAAUGAAUUUAAUCAAGCUUUUAAUGUUCAGCCUGAUAACAUUCCGCUGCAGCAGCUGUACCAAUUUCAGGUGCGAGGGGGAGAAAAUGAUUACCAAGGCAAUGAAUUUGAGCCACCUUCUAUUGUUCAGCCUAUUAACAUUCCGUUUCAGGUGCAGGCGGAGGCAAAUGAUGGCCAAGGAAAUGAAUUUCACCCAACUUAUCAAAUGGGUCAACCUAAUAACAUCCCAGCUUCUUUCAUCAUUCCAGAGCCUCUCAUGCUACCACCUCUGAUCAAUUCAUCCCCUGAACCUGAGUUUGACAUAGAUGAAUUUUUAAUGGACAUUGAGGAGGGACUUUAAAGUGGGAGUUAAACUCAGUUACUUGGUGUUUAGACAAAAAAAAAAGUGUCAUGUUUUAGGACUUUCUGCUGAAAGAAUGCAGUGUCUGUGUUAAGUGGUGUAAGCAAAAUGCUUCUAGAUACAUUGACCCUGUUUUCCUUUUUCUUUUUUAAAAAUAAAUAAGCAAAUGUGGGUGAUAAUACAUUUUUAUUGUAGUAAACAAAUUAUUAUCUAAUUUCUAGAUGCUUAUAUAUCUAUCUAA